CAAUCGAGGAGCACGUUGGCUUACGCAUUCCAUUUAAAAGAAAAAGUAAAUCACUUUAUGUUUUUAUGCUAAGAACAACCGCUAUACAUUCGAGACAUUCAUUCUGUGACCUGGCACAAGAUAGCUCUCUAUUGUUCAGUUCCAAGGUGAUGGCUUUAGGUGGGUAUCCCCCCCGUAGCAGGAUGUAAACAGCAACGUGCUCGUCGACUGGGAGUACGCAGCACUGCUUUACUCAAUGGAGUGUUGAGGAGGGCGGUGUUUUCGUUGGGAUAUAGCGAGAAUGGUGGAAGGCAAGGAGGUGUCGCGACUAGCUGGGCAGGAGGAGGAAGAGGAAUGGGUCACUGUGCUCACAGAAGCCCGACAUUUAGAGCCGAUCACUGCACCCAACACGGCAGCCCAUUCAUGGAGGCUGAAGGAACGAAUGAAGACAGUGAGUGUGGCUCUAGUGCUCUGCCUCAAUAUACCCGUAGACCCUCCUGACAUUGUUAAGACGCAGCCAUGUGCACGUUUGGAGGCUUGGAUAGAUCCACUGUCCAUGCCUCCUGCUAAAGCUAUUGAAGCCAUUGGAAAUAGCCUUCAGAAAGCUUAUGAACGAUGGCAGCCAAGGGCCCGUUACAAACAAUCCCUUGAUCCCACCGUGGAUGAUGUUAAAAAGUUGUGCAUGUCUUUAAGGAGAAAUGCAAAAGAAGAACGAGUCCUCUUCCACUAUAAUGGUCACGGGGUGCCGAAACCAACAACAAAUGGUGAAAUAUGGGUGUUCAAUAAGAGUUAUACUCAGUAUAUACCCCUGUCCAUUUAUGAACUGCAGACAUGGAUGGGUGCACCUUCCAUAUAUGUCUAUGACUGUUCAAAUGCUGCAGUCAUUGUGAAAUUGUUUGAGCAGUUUGCAGAGCAACACGAAGAAGAAUGGAGGCAGAAAGGCAGUAGUGGAAGUAGCAGCCCCCCUCCUCCUCCAUCCUUCCGGCAAUGUAUUCAACUUGGAGCCUGUGGACCCAAAGAAAUACUUCCCAUGAACCCUGAUCUUCCUGCGGAUGUCUUUACGGCUUGUUUGACCACCCCCAUUAAUAUGGCAGUAAGGUGGUAUCUUCUGCAGAAUAAAGGCAAACUACUUCAUGGCCUUAAUUUGGAUAUUGUUGAAAAGAUCCCCGGCCAACUAAGUGACAGACGGACAUUACUGGGAGAACUUAACUGGAUAUUUACUGCAAUUACAGACACUAUAGCAUGGAACACUCUUCCGAGAGAUUUGUUUCAGAAGUUGUUUAGACAAGAUCUUUUAGUUGCCAGUUUAUUUCGCAAUUUUCUCCUAGCCCAACGUAUAAUGAGAUCAUAUGACUGCAUUCCUGUGUCUUCUCCCGAACUUCCUCCUACACAUCAGCAUCCGAUGUGGGAUGCAUGGGACUUGGCUCUAGAGCUUUGCCUUGGCCAGCUACCUACAGCACUGCACACUGAGGAUCCGUGCUCUCACGUGCACUCCCCAUUCUUUGAGGAGCAGCUCACUGCCUUUCAGGUGUGGCUUGACCUAGGACAUGAACGAAGACAUCCACCUGAGCAGCUUCCAAUUGUCCUGCAGGUCCUUCUGAGCCAAGUGCACCGUCCUCGAGCUCUGGAACUCCUGGGAAGUUUUCUGGCACUUGGACCAUGGGCUGUCAACCUAGUGCUGUCUGUGGGCAUCUUUCCCUAUGUGUUAAGACUUCUUCAAUCAACUGCAAGAGAACUCCGCCCGCUUUUGGUUUUCCUGUGGGCCAAGAUUCUUGCUGUUGAUCCAGUAUGUUCAGCAGGAAUAAGUUGUAAAGGAGAUCUUGUAAGAGAAAAUGGCUACAAGUAUUUUCUUCAGGUGCUGUCGGAUACAUCCAUGCCUGCAGAGCAUCGAACAAUGGCAGCAUUUGUCUUGGGUGUAAUUGUGUGGGAACAUCCAGAAGGUCAACGUGUUGCUUUGCAGGGCUCUCUUAUGCCUCUUUGCCUAGAGCUGUUGGGUGAUCCCCAUCCACCCCAGAGACAGUGGGCAACAAUAUGUCUGGGCCGAACUUGGCAUCACCACCCUGAUGCUCGGUGGGCAGCAACUAGAGAUAAUGCUCAUGAAAAGCUGUAUGCACUCCUCUCUGAUCCUGUUCCUGAGGUUCGUGGAGCAGCUGUAUUUUCUUUGGGAACAUUCAUUAGCAGCUUAGUGAGCCGGGAGAGAACUGACCACGCUCGAGCCAUAGACCAUACUAUCGCCAUUACCUUGGCCAACACGGUUGCUCAUGAUGGAUCACCUAUUGUUAGACAGGAACUGGUGGUGGCCUUGCAUUAUCUAAUACAAGUAUACGAAAGCUCCUUUCUAACUGUAGCUCGUCAAUAUUUCCGAGAUGAGAUGGGUGAUCUCUCACCUCAGGCACUCACUUCAUCUGUUGACAGCAUAAUGUCACCUUCAAAUAACAUUGGUCGAGUUUUCUCUAGACAUGCCGUAAAGCAGAUCACCUCUCCAGGUCAGAGUUUAGGAACGAGUCCUGAUUCUUGCCUUAAUGAGUACGUCCACAUGUCAUCUCUUGGUGUGAAAAGAGCAGCAUCUACACACUCUAUAUCAUCCAUUGGGACAAGUAAUGUUUUCUCUGGUGUAAGCAGCCUGUCUUAUAGUGGGAUGUAUUGCAAGUUGUGGCAGACCCUUAUCACCUUGCAACGCGAUCCCUCACCAAACGUUGCUAGGCUAGCAAAGAUGGUGGUGGACUAUGUUCAGAAUAAGGUGAGAACAGGGUCUAAGGACUUCAUAGAACAGAAAGUUGAAUCUGCUCCAGGAACUCCUGUGAAUAAGCCGAUGUUCAUUGUUGGAGAGUCUCCACCGUCCUCCAUGGAAACCUCUACACCAAUAAGGCCAAGGUCAAGAAAUCAUUUAAAUCAUGUUGAUGAUGGUGAAACUAAUUUUAUGAGGCCAGUGAUAACGACAGAAUUUGUUGAGUGGAGUGCCAAGAUAUUUAUCCUUCCUCGACAAAAGUCCUCUAGUGACACGAACUCCAAUACUUCCUCUCUACCUGGCUAUUCAGAGAGAUCGCAACAUUCGCGGCUGCUCGCUGAAUCAGAAGAACGACGAAGUGUUGGAACAAAUAAAUUAGAUGAUCAGGUCUUCGUACAUCGAAAUCCUGGUUCACCAGCUGUGCUGCUUUUUCAUCCUCUAGAACCUCUCCUGACUGUUGCUGAUAAAACCAAUGUCACGAUCUGGGAUGUGGAGCGUAGCCAUCGAGUCAGCCAUUGGGAGAAUAAUAAUGUAGGAUCAAGUUGUAUAAGUUCAUUGGCUGUAAUUAACCCUGGAACACUGUCUUCGUAUGUUGCCACUGCCUGUGAUGACGGCAGUGUGCGUAUUUGGCGUGAUGGGUUUCAGAAUGCACAUCACCCUACUCAAGACCCUCCUUCACUUAUCACUGCCUUUCAAGCCACCAAUGAUAUCAAGCCUGCUACGAGAGGUGCUGGAUUGCUUAUGUGCUGGGAACAGAACACAGCAACCCUUGUUAUGGGGGGCGAUUCUCGUACAAUAAGAUUAUGGGACUUGCGUGCUGAGCGUCGCACAAUGGAGUUGCCUACAGGUGGUGACAACCCAACUGUAAUUACGGCAAUACAUUCACAUCAUGCAGGCCCAUGGAUUGUAGCUGGAUUCUCAGAUGGUUAUGUGCGACUGCUGGAUCGUCGUCUAACCAGUAAUCGAGCCGUUGUUCGGCAGUGGCGAGAACACACCUCUUGGGUCAUUAGUGCACAUUUACUCAAUUCUUCACAAGCGACCACCAAGAUUAUCACUGGAGUUGUCUCGGGAGAAGUAAGAUUAUGGGAUAUGCGACAAUCUAAUUCGGUGCAAGUGUGUGCGCCGAAUCAUGAGAUAACUGCUAUGGCUACACAUGCAAAUGCUCAUCUGUUUGCAACUGGGUCAGUUAAUCAGGUGAUUGGUGUCCACCAUGCAAGUGGCUCCUCAGUUAAUGUCAUCAAGUAUCACGAGGGAUUUAUGGGUACGCGUAUUGCUCCUGUGUCCUGUUUGGCUUUCCAUCCACGCCGAGUCCUCUUGGCUGCUGGCACCACUGACAGCUACAUAACUGUCUACGGACUAUCUCGAAGAUAGUGAAUAUUACUUUUAGCUUAUGUUCAUAAUUAGUAAAGUGAUUAGAUUGUUCGUAGAUUUUUAUGUAGACAUCCAUGGUAGGUGUCCAAGAUUUUUUUGGCCAUAAAUACCAUGUCAGAGUUAUGUGCAUAUGUAAAUUAUAAUUUAAAUAAUUGUUAUGAAGAUAAUCCUAAGACAUGCAAUUAAUAAGAAUGUAUUGUGGAAUUUAUAAAACAAAAAGCAGUAAACCCUCUAAUGAGUGAAAUACAUAGGAGGAAGGAGGUAUGUUGUACACUAAUUCUUUCCCAAUAAAUUUAUAUGCUACGCAUAUUUUGUUGACACUUGUAGAAGUAUACGUGGUUAAGACUUGUAGUCGUAAAUGUUUUAUGUAUGUAUGUUUUUAAAGAAUCAUUAUACAGGAUGAAUUUUGUUAUACAGCAUCCUUAGUAUUAGCUGUAAAACAAUAACGUGGCUAAAGUAAGUUGACCAGACCACACACUAGAGGGUGAAAGG